AUGAUUGCAAGGGGAAGGAAAGAAAAGAUAAACAAAAUGAUAGAGGUUCGUAGCAAAGAUCGAACGUUAUGUGAUCCACCAAUUGUUCUCAGUUUACCUCCAAUACCGAAAAAACAGGAAAUGAAAUAUGAAACGAUCGAUGAUGAUCAAGUAUUAAAUCAUCGAAGAGAAGAAACUUCUGAAAUUCUCCCCUAUCCAUCAUUGCCUUCUUUGCCUGUCUCAUUUUCAUCUUCUUCUGAAGCUGUAGAUAGAUUAAUCAGAGAGGAAAUAGAAAAUCAUCCUAUCAAUCAAUUAUCCACAACUACAUCACACAAAAUUCGUACAAUAACCACUCCAACCAUAUCACAACUAGCAAGGUUAUUUAAAAGUACCUCAGCAAAAGAGAAACGAAAAAUACAUGGACGACAAUCAUUGAGAAAGAAUUAUUCCAUUCAUGAAUGCGUUCAUCCUGGAUGCUCUAAGAAAUAUAGUAAAAGUUCUCAUUUAAAAGCUCACAUGAGGAUACAUAGUGGUGAGAGACCAUAUCGUUGUAGUUGGCCAUCAUGCUUAUGGAAGUUCGCAAGAAGUGAUGAACUAACAAGACAUUAUCGAAAGCAUACCGGUGAUCGUCCAUUUAACUGCACUUUAUGCUGUCGAUCAUUCUCACGCAGUGAUCAUCUCAACUUACAUGUGAAACGUCAUUAUAGCGGUUAG